AUGGCAGAGAGGCCGGAGGACCUUAAUCUGCCCAACGCCGUCAUCACCAGGAUCAUCAAGGAGGCGCUCCCGGACGGCGUCAACAUCUCCAAGGAGGCCCGGAGCGCCAUCUCCCGCGCCGCCAGCGUCUUCGUGCUGUACGCCACGUCUUGUGCCAACAACUUUGCAAUGAAAGGGAAGCGCAAGACACUGAAUGCCAGCGAUGUGCUCUCAGCCAUGGAAGAGAUGGAGUUUCAGCGGUUCAUUACUCCACUGAAGGAGGCUCUGGAGGCUUACAGACGGGAGCAGAAAGGCAAGAAGGAAGCUUCAGAACAAAAGAAGAAGGACAAAGACAAGAAAACAGAUUCUGAAGAACAAGACAAGAGCAGGGAUGACGACAAUGAUGAAGAUGAGGAAAGGCUAGAAGAAGAAGAACAGAAUGAGGAGGAAGAGGUGGACAAUUGA